AUGCCAUCUCAUGGAGGAGUAGGGAGAGGAGGAGGAGGAGGAGGAGAGAUGGAGGAGGAGGAGGAGGAGGAGGAGGAGGAGGAGGAGGAGGAAGAUGAGGAGGAGAGAUGGAGUUGGAGAAGGAGAGAUGGAGGAGUAGAGAUGGAAGAGGACAAGGAGAGCUGGAAGCGGAGGCGAGAUGGAGGAGUGAUGGAGGAGGAGGAGGAGAAGGAGGAGGAGAGAAGGAGAAAUGGAGGAGGAGAGAUGGAGGAGGAGGAAAGAUGGAGAAGGAGAGAUGGAGGAGGAGGAGAGAUGGAGGAGGAGAAGGAGAGCUGGGGGAGGAGAGAUGGAGGAGGAGCGAUGGAUGAGGAGGAGAAGGAGAGAUGGAGGAGGAGGAGAAGAAGAGAUGGAGGAAGCGAGAUGGAGGAGGAAGAGAGAUGGAUGAUUGGUCUUUACAGACUCGUUAAAGCCUGUGCUUGCAUUAUAAAUGGCCCCAGUGUGGCUAAGUGACAUCAGGGAUGGCCGUUGGACAGCAUAAUAUACCUCUGACCAUGACAAAGUGGAAGAUGAGUGAUGCAAGGACUGCGUUCCAAAUGGAACUCUAUUCUCUUUAUAGUGCACUACUUUUGACCAGAGUCCAUAGGGCACUAUAUAGGGAAUAGGGUGCCAUUUGUGACGCAGGCUAGGAGAGGCGAUGUAUUCAAUCCCUCUUUUCUAACAUAAUUUCCAUUGGGUUAAUGAUCAACAGAGCAGAAUGGAGCGGCCGUCCCAGUCAUAACCAGAAGUAGAUCUAUCUAUCUGUAGUUAUUAUUAUUAUACAGAAGGCUUGAUUGUGGGUAUUAGUGUGUCCUUAAAUAACGGGGGAAAGAGAUGGAGGUGUACAGGCCCCUGGGCCCCUGAAGGGCUGCUUCUCACUGUCAGACAAGGGAGGGAGGGAGGGUGGGAGGGUGGGAGGGAGGUAGGGAUAGACAGAAGGCAAGGUGAUAGUAAUGAAGUCUAGUCUGGUUCAGAUUGUUCUGAAAUGAUUUCUGUAGUUAGUAACAGAUAUCAUUAGCAUUCCUGAACAACACAGUGAAACAUGUGGUUGAAAUAUAAUUUAUCCCGAGUGGCGCAGUGGUCUAAGGCACUGCAGCUGUGCCGCUAGAGAUCCUGGUUUGAAUCCAGGCUAUGUCGUAGCUGGCUGCGACCGGGAGACCCAUGGGGCAGCGCACAAUUGGCCCAGGGUAGGGGAGGGAAUGGCUGGCAGGAAUGUAGCUCAGUUGGUAGAGCAUGGCGUUUGCAACGCCAGGGUUGUGGGUUCGAUUCCCACGGUGGGCCAGUAUAAAAAAAUGUAAAUAAUGUAUGCACUCAUUAACUGUAAGUUGCUCUGGAUAAGAGCGUCUGCUAAAUGACUGUAAAUGUAAUAAUAUGAUCUAAUAGAUUGCACCCAAAUUGGCCAUUUUAAUUUAUAGGAUUCAGAUAAUAUUCAAUAAAUAUAGUACCCAACAUCCGACUUGGAUAAAACGUCUUCCUACCAAUGAGUAAGACAUGAUGAAUCCCCCCCAAAAUUGUCAAAAGCCACCCACGGAACACCCCACACCCCAUGCCAAUCCCACUCCAACAACCAGUAUACAGUAUCAGUUCUCUAUGUUUGACAAGUAGAAUGAAGCUCUGGCUUGGAGUUUUGCUUCUCCAUACUAUGUUAUGUAUUCUCUUUGAAUCUGGUGAUGUUUUUUUGUUUCCCUGUUCAGAGAAAUUUGACAUUGAAGUCGCUUACAUUAGUUACCAUAAAGUAGUGUGCAAGUAACCGUAUUGACCACUAGAUGCCGCUGUUCUUGCUAUACUGUCGCACUCUUUUACCCAUUGUGCUGAUCUCUUGUUUACAUUUAUAUUUUAGUCAUUUAGCAGACGCUCUUAUCCAGAGCGACUUACAGGAGCAAUUAGGGUUAAGUGCCUUGCUUAAGGGCUCAUCGACAGAUUUUUCACCUAGUCGGCUCGGGGAUUAGAACCAGCGACCUUUCGGAUACUGGCACAACGCUCUUACCCACUAAGCUACCUGCCGCCCCGAUAGAUCACAACAUUUCCUUUGCAACUUUGGGAAGAAAACCAAUAGAUUUGUCUAAUUAUGAAAAUACAUGGUGUGGUCAUCCUCACAAUUCAAGCCAGUGGGUAGUCCAUCUGUGGCUUUUGACCAUUUCUUUGGCUUUGUCAUGUCUUACUCUUUGGUAGGAAGAAGUUUGGUCCAAAUCAGAUGUUGGGUACUAUAUUUAUAAAAUGUUAUUUGUAUCCUAUAAAUUAAAAUUGUCAAUUUGGGUGCAAUCAAUUGGCUUAAUUUCUCAGAGAGAAAAUGUAAUUUCAACAAAAUAAUGUUUUAGGAAUGCCAAUCUUACCUGUUUCUAACUACAGAAACAAGUUCAGAACAAUCUGUGAUGGUGGGUGUCAUGGCUUGCCGAAAUGACAUGGAGUGACUCCCCUGCCUUUCAGUGUCUCAUCAUCAAUCACUUUAGACCUUGGUUCGGUGUCAGUCACCUUGCAUUAUUGAAGUGCACAGGUAGUCUAUGAGGAAUACCAAGGGUGGUGUCGCAUUCAGAAAGGUGUGAUAUCAUUCUACAACAGUAAGAUAGAGAAGUGGGUUCAGUUCAAGUGCAAGGCUCCUAUGUAGACUGUGUUUAUACGUGCGUACAGAUGUUGAGUAUUACACAAACAUUUAGUUCACCGACUCCCUAGCGACACACAGUCGCCUGGUAUACAGUACAUGGACACUAAUCCUCUCCUCUCUCAUCUCUCUCUCCUUUCUACUCUCUACUACUAUCUCUCUCUCUCUCCUUUCUACUCUCUCAUCUCUCUCUCCUCUUGCUGGGUAGCUGUACUCUCUUUCCCUCUCUCUCUGUUACGACUCUCCCUUUCUCUACUGUUUCUCUCUAUAUAUAUCCUCUCUCUAUCUCUCUAUCUCUCUGUCCCAGUCUCUGGGCACCUGUGUUGAUUUACUGUCAAAUCUUCCAGGAUUAUCUGUAAUCCAGAGCUGCAGAAUCUGUUUGCUGACAGCUGCGUUCUCAAAUACUACUGCUGCUGAGAGAGAGAGAGAGAGAGGAUAAAAAAUAUAAUCUUUAAUUUUCCGCCUCUUUGGACAUUGAUUUACAAUUCUGCCUCUGUUUUCUUUCGCUUGUGUUGUAGGGAAUGAAAGUAGUGCACCAUGUAGGAAAUGAAAGUAGUGCACUAUGUAGGGAAUAAAAGUAGUGCACUAUGUAGGGAAUAAGGUGCCAUUUUGAAUGCAUUCUCAGUCUUAUAGCACCAGUACUCUGCAUGACUCUCCUAGUAAUCCACAGAUCAUAUCAUAGAUCUUACUUCCCCAGCGUAGUCCAGUGGAGGCUGCUGAGGGGAGAACGGCUCAUAAUAAUGGCUCAUCUUUCAUCUCUCUUCUGUUCUCAUUUGCCUUAUUAACUCUCUUCUAACAGUCCCUCUCUCUCUCUCUCUCUCUCUCUCUCUCUCUCUCUCUCUCUCUCUCUCCAUCUUCUCCAGGUGGUCUAUAAGAAUAAUGACAUCCGUCUGGAGCUCUCCCGUCUGGCCCGCAUCAUAGACCCCAAGAUGAAGCUCCAAGGUGACGUGGUGUUUAAGUGUGAAAACGUACCCACCCUGGACCCUAUUAACUUUGAGAGCCCUGAUUCCUACCUCAGCCUGCCCAAGUGGAAUACCAAGAGGGUCGGCUCCAUCUCCUUCGAUUUCAGGACCUCUGAACCCAACGGACUCAUCCUCUUCACCCAUGGCAAGGUAUACAAACAACACAAGGUAUACAAACAACACAAGGUAUACAAACAACACAAGGUAUACAAUCAACACAAUUUACAUGUCUUUCUUUUCAUGUUACUAGCACCGAUUUUGCAGAUAGCAGCUAUUUUGAAUGUUUCACUUGCAAUGCUUGUGGUAUAUGGUUGAUUACCUGCCUUAGUUGAAUGUACUGAGUUUAAGUCUGCUCUGGAUGAGAUCUUCACCCUGAUAAAAGCUAUUUAGCUGAAACAUUGGUCAUUCAUUUGUAGCCUACAGUAUUACAUUUACGUCAUUUAGCAGACACUCUUAUCCAGAGCGAGUGCAUAAUUUUAUUUUAUUUUUCAUACUGGCCCCCCGUGGGAAUCGAACCCACAACCCUGGCAUUGUAAACGCCAUGCUCUACCAACUGAGCUACACAGGACUGUAUAUAUAUAUAGAUUCUGUCAGCACCUAAAGAGUGUUCUUUAUUUCCAGGCCCAGGACCGUUGGGACGCGGCAGGGAAGAAGAACAACAAGGUUGACUUCUUCGCUGUGGAGCUGCUAGAUGCAGGGCUGUACCUGCUGCUGGACAUGGGCUCAGGAACCAUCAAGGUCAAAGCCACACAGAGCAAGGUCAAUGACGGAGCCUGGCACCACGUGGAUAUACAGAGGGACGGGCGAUCAGGUGAGGAGGGAGGAAGAGGAGGGACGGGAGGAGGGUAGAGGAGGGGGGGGGGGGUAGCUGGAGAGGGAGGAGGGGGAGGAGAGGAUGGGAGGGGGGAGGAGGACUUGGAGAAACAGGACGGAGAGUAUGAAGAGGAGAGGGGUGCUGAUCAUAUUUUAAUUUAUUUGUACCUUUAUUUCAGCAGUGAAUCUCAUUGAGACCAAGGUAUCUUUUACAAGGGAGCCCUGCAUAUCUUUACAUAUUUUUUCAUUAAACCCCCCAGAAUAUACAAAGAAUGAAUCAUACUAUUCCACGAUUUGCUGAAAUAUUUAAAACUUUUCCAAUCUCUGUAAGAAACAUAAGAGCAACUGUAUCUUGAGGAAGAAGCAGUAAGACAUUUAUCAUGAGGAUGAUGAAGCAAAACCUUUUUGAUUCUAUUUGCUGAUUCUAUUUCCUCCACAGGGUGUGUAUCCUGUCUGUCCUCUGACCUGUACAAGGUUGGACAAACAGAACAGAACAGAGAAAGGAGGUUUAGAGAGGAAGAGGAUAUUAGAGUAAAAAGGGUUGGAGAGGAGAGAGAGACUGUUGUUGCCUUGAGCUCCCCAACAUAAUGGAUUCACCACAUAACAGCCAGGGAGAGAGAGAGAGUGAGAGAGAGAGAGAGAGAGAGAGAGAGAGAUAACAACCUUCCAUAACAAAGCCAUCACCUACAGAGAGAUGGACCUGGAGAAGAGUCCCCUAAGCAAGCUGGUCCUGGGGCUCUGUUCACAAACACAAACAGACCCCACAGAGCCCCAGGACAGCAACACAAUUAGACCCAACCAAGUCAUGAGAAAACAAAAAAAGAAUUACUUGACACAUUGGACAGAAUUAACAGAAAAACUACAUUACAUUUUAGUCAUUUAGCAGACACUCUUAUCCAGAGCGACUUACAGUUAGUGAGUGCAUACAUUUUUAUACUGGCCCCCCGUGGGAAUCGAACCCACAACCCUGGCUUUGCGAGCGCCGUGCUCUACCAACUGAGCUACAUGGGGCCUUAGAAUGCUAUUUGGCCCUAAACAGAGAGUACACAGUGGCAGAAUACCUGACCACCGUGACUGACCCAAAAUUAAGGAAAGCUUGGACUAUGUACAGACUCAGUGAGCAUAGCCUUGCUAUUGAGAAAGGCCGCCGUAGGCAGACCUGGCUCUCAAGAGAAGAGAGGCUAUGUGCACAAUACCCACAAAAUGAGGUGGAAACCGAGCUUUACUUCCUAACCUCCUGCCAAAUGUAUGCCCAUGUUAGAGACACAUAUUUCCCUCAGAUUACACAGACCCACAAAGAAUUCAAAAACAAAUCCAAUUUUGAUAAACUCCCAUAUAUUUUGGGUAAAAUACCACAGUGUGCAAUCACAGCAGCAAGAUUUGUGACCUGUUGCCACAAGAAAAGGGCAACCAGUGAAGAACAAACACCAUUGUAAAUACAUCCCAUAUUUAUGUUUAUUUAUUUUCCCAUUUGUCCUUUAACUAUUUGCACAUCAUUACAACACUGUAUAUAGACAUAAUAUGACAUUUGAAAUGUCUCUAUUAUUUUGGAACCUGUCUGAGUGUAAUAUUUACUGUUCACUUUUUAUUGUUUAUUUCACUUUUGUUUAUCCAUUUCACUUGCUUUGGCAAUGUAAACAUAUGUUUCCCAUGGCAAUAAAGCCCCUUGAAUUGAAUUAGAGAGAGAGAGAGAGAGAGAGAGAGAGAGAGAGAGAGAGAGAGAGAGAGAGAGAGAGAGAGAGAGAGAGAGAGAGAGAGAGAGAGAGAGAGAGAGAGAGAGAGAGAUAAUUAGUACUGCUGUUAUUUUAUGUCAUGUCCUGUGUUAUAUAGAGCCCUGUGUCAACACACUAUACUCUGGUUAACCAUACCGAUGAAAUAAAGGGAGAACGGGAGGAUUGGGAGAACGGGAGGAUUUCUGAAGGAAGUAUAGAGAAAUUAGACCGAUACUGUAUAUGGAUAUGCGGCUGAGUGGAGUGGUUUAAAGAACUGUCAUAAUCUAACUUGUUUCUAGAUACAGUGCAUUUGGAAAUUAUUCAGACCCCUUGACUUUUUCCACAUUUUGUUAUGUUACAGCCUUAUUCUAAAAUUGAUUACAUAUUUGUUUUUCCCUCAUCAUUCUACACCAUAAUGACAAAGUGAAAACAGGUUUUUAGAUAUUUUUGCAAAUAUGUAUAUAUAUAUAUAUAUAUAUAUAUAUAUAUAUAUAUAUAUAUAUAUAUAUAUAUGUAUAAAAUAAUAAAUAAUAACACCUUAUUUACAUCAGUAUUCAGACCCUUUGCUAUGAGACUCCAAAUUGAGCUCAGGUCCAUCCUAUUUCCAUUGAUCAUCCUUGAGAUGUUUCUAUAACUUGAUUGGAGUCCACCUGUGGUAAAUUCAAUUGAUUUGAAUUGGAGAGGGUAUGACAAAACAUGUAUUUUUACUGCUCUAAUUACAUUGGUAACCAGUUUAUAAUAGCAAUAAGUCACCUCAGUGGUUUGUGAUAUAUGGCCAAUAUACCACGGCUAAGGGCUGUAUCCAGGCACUCCUCGUUGCAUCAUACAUAAGAACAGCCCUUAGCCGUGGUAUAUUGGCCAUAUACCACAAACCCCGAGGUGCCUUAUUGCUAUUAUAAACUGGUUACCAAUGUAAUUAGAGCGUAAAAAUAAAUGAACACACCCCCUUAAUUAACCCACCUAUUAUUUUAUCUCGUCUUUUCAGGCAUCAUCUCAGUAGACAGUCGGAGGACCCCCUUCACGGCCAGCGGAGAGAAUGAGAUCUUAGACCUGGAGGGAGACCUCUACCUGGGUGGUCUCCCUGACAACCGGGUAGGUCUGGUGUUACCUACCGAACUGUGGACAGCCAUGUUGAACUACGGCUACGUGGGCUGCAUCAGGGACCUUUUCAUCGAUGGACGCUCCAAAAACAUAAGGGCCAUCUCCGAGUCUCAGAACACCACAGGCAUCAGGCCCACCUGUAGUAAAAUGACAGGGAAACAGUGUGAUAGUAAACCCUGUAAGAACAACGGAGUCUGUAAGGAAGGGUGGAACCGCUUUAUAUGUGACUGCACCGGGACUGGCUUCUGGGCCAACACGUGUGAGAGAGGUGAGUCUGCUGGUUAUAUUUUGAAAAGUAAUUGUUUUCGUACCCAUAUUUAAUUUACCUUAGAUGCUGGGUAAAUGUGCAGACUUUCUCAUACAUGUGUGGGUAUUCUUAUACAGUUAGCAGUGCUGGGAUUGAGUUACAUUGUGAUGCUGUGUUUGAUAAAGCUGUGAUUGGAGAUUGAUCGCCAUCGACAUUGAUUGAUGGUCAUCAUGACAGUUUUGUUUCCUUGUGUUUCAAACAACAAAGUGGUUCAGAGAAGUUACAGUACAGUUGUACAAGCUUGGCCUAUGCCCAAGUCAAGGUCCUGUGCUCAAGUCAAGGUCCUGUGCCCAAGUCAAGGUCCUGUGCUCAAGUCAAGGUCCUGUGCCCAAGUCAAGUUCCUGUGCUCAAGUCAAGGUCCUGUGCCCAAGUCAAGGUCCUGUGCUCAAGUCAAGAUCCUAUGCUCAAGUCAAGGUCCUGUGCCCAAGUCAAGGUCCUAUGCUCAAGUCAAGGUCCUGUGCCCAAGUCAAGGUCCUGUACUCAAGUCAAGGACCUGUGCUCAAGUCAAGGUCCUGUGCUCAAGUCAAGGUCCUGUGCUCAAGUCAAGAUCCUAUGCUCAAGUCAAGGUCCUGUACUCAAGUCAAGGGAGUAAUGUACAAGCUUGUUGUGUGGUAAGAAGCGUUCCACAAAGCUCUAGAAGUGUUAGUUCAGCCAAGCAGAGUAUAAAGUGUUUGUCUGGGUGUGGAGUGAAUAGUCAGUGUUCUGUUUUUAGUUUGAUGGGGUUAGGAGUGGAGAGGAGCAGAGAGGAGAUCAGAAGAGAGGAGAGCAGAGGGUAGGAGCAGAGAAGAGCGGACAGGAGAGGAGCAGAGGAGAGGGGAGAGGAGUGGAGCAGAGAGGAGAGCAGAGGGUAGGAGCAGAGAGGAGAGCGGAAGAGAGGAGAGCAGAGGGUAGGAGCAGAGAGAAGUGGACAGGAGAGGAGCAGAGAGGAGAUCGGAAGAGAGGAGAGCAGAGGGUAGGAACAGAGAGGAGCGGACAGGGGAGGAGCAGAGGGAAGGGGAGAGGAGAGGAGAAUUGUGACUUUGAACAGCUUGUAUUUAUGGAGGCUUUGCUGAAAUAUUUAAUAGGAUUUUACUUUUUCGCCAAGUGGCUUUUGUGCAGGGUGCUGUCUUCUCCAGGGGGGAAUUGAACUGGGUCUUGGCACACACACACACACACACACACACUGGUGCCAAGGCUGGCUGGCUGGGGGUGAAAAUUGUCUCCCCAUGUCUGGCUUUAAGAGCUCAACUGCAUUAAGUUUUUAUGAAGCGGAGAUAGGGCCACUCUGAGCUAUUGAAAGUAUGUUUGUGUGUGCGUGUGUGUGCGUGUGUGCAUGUGUGCAUGUGUGUGUGUGUAUGUGUGUGUGUGUGUGUGUGUGUGUGUGUGUGUGUGUGUGUGUGUGUGUGUGUGUGUGGUGUGUGUGUGUGUGUGUGUGUGGAGAGCUAAAUCAGAGUAUUGUUCCCUUGGUUUGACUUCCUUUUUCAAUUUUACCAGAUAGGUUUGCAAGAGGAGUUUAGGCGUUUUUAUAAGAACGACAGUCUUGUGAAAAUGCAUGCUAUUGGACUGAGGAAUAAUUACUUUUUCUGAACUGGUUGUUACAGUAGGCAUAGAGAGGAGAGAGGCUGGGAGGUGUUACAGCAGGCAUAGAGAGGCUGGGAGGUGUUACAGCAGGCUAGAGAGGAUGGGAGGUGUUACAGCAGGCAUAGAGAGGCUGGGAGGUGUUACAGCAGGCUAGAGAGGCUGGGAGGUGUUACAGCAGGCUAGAGAGGCUGGGAGGUGUUACAGCAGGCUAGAUAGGCUGGGAGGUGUUACAGCAGGCUAGAGACGAGUGAGGUGUUACAGCAGGCUAGAGACGAGAGAGUUGUUACAGCAGGCUAGAGAGGCUGGGAGGUGUUACAGCAGGCUAGAGAGGCUGGGAGGUGUUACAGCAGGCUAGAGAGGCUGGGAGGUGUUACAGCAGGCUAGAUAGGCUGGGAGGUGUUACAGCAGGCUAGAGAGGAUGGGAGGUGUUACAGCAGGCUAGAGAGGCUGGGAGGUGUUACAGCAGGCUAGAGAGGCUGGGGGGUGUUACAGCAGGCUAGAGAGGCUGGGAGGUGUUACAGCAGGCUAGAGAGGAUGGGGAGGUGUUACAGCAGGCUAGAGAGGCUGGGAGGUGUUACAGCAGGCUAGAGAGGCUGGGAGGUGUUACAGCAGGCUAGAGACGAGAGAGUUGUUACAGCAGGCUAGAGAGGCUGGGAGGUGUUACAGCAGGCUAGAGAGGCUGGGAGGUGUUACAGCAGGCUAGAGACGAGUGAGGUGUUACAGCAGGCUAGAGAGGCUGGGAGGUGUUACAGCAGGCUAGAGACGAGAGAGUUGUUACAGCAGGCUAGAGAGGCUGGGAGGUGUUACAGCAGGCUAGAGAGGCUGGGAGGUGUUACAGCAGGCUAGAGAGGCUGGGAGGUGUUACAGCAGGCUAGAGAGGCUGGGAGGUGUUACAGCAGGCUAGAGAGGCUGGGAGGUGUUGCAGCAGGCUAGAGAUGAGAGAGUUGUUACAGCAGGCUAGAGAGGCUGGGAGGUGUUACAGCAGGCUAGAGAGGCUGGGAGGUGUUACAAGCAGGCUAGAGUGGCUAGAGAGCAGGCUAGAGAGACUGGGAGGUUCUGUGGAGAUUUUAAAGAUGAAAACAUUGGCAAGAUUUCUAGCACUACUUCCAGUUUUGGUCAAAGCUCAUGAGCUCCAAAUUGGAACAACAUGAGAUGGAGACACUGCAGGCUAUUUGUUUUACCUCUUUGAAUCCUAAAUACUUCAACUGCUAAAAAUAAUUCUGAAGAAUAUAACGUUUAAAGUGGCAAUAUGUAACUUUUUGGCGACCCGACAAAUUUGACAUAGAAAAGUGAGUUAUAGAUCUGUCAUUCUACAUGAAAGCAAGUGUAAGAAGCAGUAGAUCUGUUCUAUGUGCACUAUUUCUAUGCUUUCCAUUCUUAAAUUUAGUUUUGGGGUCUUUUAAUUUCGGUUUUGUACACCAGCUUCAAACAGCUGAAAUAACAAUAUUUUUGGUUGUGGAAAAUAUAUUUCACAGCAGUUUAGACAGUACAGUGGUUCUCUACACUAUACUAGCUUAUUUUGUCACAUUAACUGAAAUUAGGCGAACUAUUAGUUUUAGUGCAACUUUAACAUAAAAAGCAGGUUUAUUCUGCGGCAGACCAAAGUACAUUGCUGUCUUAUGAACAAGUGUCCUCUCUGUCUCUCUGUCUCCUUCUCUCUUUCUCUAUGAGAGAGGCGGAGAAAGAGAGAGAGACAGAGACAGAGACAGAGACAGAGACAGAGACAGAGACAGAGACAGAGACAGAGACAGAGACAGAGACAGAGACAGAGACAGAGACAGAGACAGAGACAGAGACAGAGACAGAGGAGGAUAGGCAAUAG